AUGUUUGAAGGAUUUGGACAAAAUAAGAGAAGGAAGAUCAAUACUGAGUCUGCUGCUGAAGCUGAGCAUAAUAAGCCAUGGGUUGAGAAGUAUAGACCAAAGAAAUUGGAUGAUGUUGCCGCUCAGGAUCAUGUUGUUAAUGUGUUGAAGAAAACGUUAAGCUCAGCUAAUUUACCACAUAUGUUAUUCUAUGGACCACCUGGUACUGGUAAGACAUCAACUAUUUUGGCUCUAACCAAAGAAUUAUUUGGGCCGGAACUCAUGAAAACAAGGGUGCUAGAACUAAAUGCCUCUGAUGAAAGAGGUAUAUCGAUUGUUAGAGAAAAAGUGAAAAACUUUGCGCGUCUGACAGUCUCUAAACCAUCGAAACAUGACCUAGAAAACUAUCUUUGUCCACCAUAUAAGAUUAUUAUUCUUGAUGAAGCUGAUUCAAUGACAGCAGACGCACAGAGUGCUUUGCGUAGAACCAUGGAAACUUACUCCACAGUCACAAGAUUCUGUUUGAUCUGUAAUUAUGUCACCAGAAUUAUUGAUCCUCUAGCUUCAAGAUGUUCCAAAUUCAGAUUCAAAUCUUUAGAUUCUUCAAAUGCAUUGCAGAGAUUGAAAUAUGUUGCAGAAGAAGAAGGUGUAAAGGUUAAAGCAGGUUCCCUCGAGACCAUUCUGGAUAUAUCAGCAGGUGAUUUACGUAGAGCGAUAACACUCUUACAAUCAGCUUCCAAAAAUAUUGGUUAUUCUGGAGAAGAUGAAGUAUCCAAAGAACUUGUCGAAGAACUCGCAGCGGUUGUACCGGAAUCCUCAAUAAAACAGAUUGUAGAGUUGGUUGCUACAAGGGAUUUCAAUAAGAUCAGUGAAUAUAUACAAGAAUUUACGAGGAAUGGGUGGUCAGCAGCAUCAGUCGUAUCACAACUACAUGAUUAUUAUAUCAAAAGCUCUGAAUAUGAUACCGCCUUCAAAAAUAAAGUAUCGAUUAUCUUAUUCGAUACUGACUCCAAGUUAACAAAUGGUACAAAUGAGCACAUCCAACUCCUGAAUAUGCUGAUAAAAAUAUCUCAGGUAUGA